AUGUCAAAUGCUAUAAUAGGUAGAAAAGUCGAUAAAGAAAUUCUAUUCAAUAUAGAUGGUUAACCUAUUAAUGAUAGUAAUAUUUUAAAUUAUUAUAUUUAGAUGUUAAAGUUUUAAAGGUUGCUGCUAUUCCUUAACCAUAAUUAGUUAAAUAAAAUAGAGAACCUAAAAAGAAAGAAUAAGAACCUAAAAAGAAAGAAUAAGAAAAAUCUAAAGGAAAUAAAUAGUUUAAUAAUUCAUCAUAAAAAAAUACCAUACCAAAAAAGUCAACUUAAAUAUAAAAUUCAAAAAAACAAUCAGAAUCAAAAUAAUAAUAACAAUCAGGAUAAUCUCAUACCAUAUUUAAAAAUAUAACAAAUCAACAAAAAUCUUCAUAACCAUCCUCUCCUGCUUCUCAUAAUUCCCCAAAAUCUAGAUCUCCUAUUCGAUCUCAAAAUGCAACAUAUAGAGAACCUAGAUAAUUUAAACCUUUGAGUGAAUAAUUUCCAAAUUUAGUAGGAGCAUUAUUUGAAUAAAAAAAAUUCACAGAAGAUGUAGAUGAUGAUUCAUAAACAAGUGGAACAGAAUCUUAUAUUUCAGACAGAGAAUAAGGUGAUGAUGAAGUUAGAUAACCUCCACAACCAGAAUCUAAUCCUUAAGUAUAAAGAAAUGUUAAUAAAAUUGUGGCUGAUAAUAAUAAAAAAUAUGUUUAUUCAAAAAAAGAAGAAGCAGAAAGAUAAGAAAGAAUGAGAUUAGAUAAAUUAUAAUAAAGAGAAAGAAUGAAAAAAUAUGGCAAAUAAUAAAUUGUUAGAGCUCAUACUUAAAAAGAUAAUUUUGAAUAAAAAUUUGCUUGGGGUGUUAAUUAAAAAAAAUUACAAGAAGAUAAAAUUAAAUAUAAUAAAUUAUAAGAAGAAAAAGAAUAAGAAAGAUUACUCAAAAUUGAAUUAUAGGAUUAAGAAUAAAAACCUAAUUAAAUUAAUUUAGCUAAAUUAUUCCCUGAAAGCUAAGAUAGAGAAUCUCGUUUUAAAAAAAUGUGGGAUGAUGAAGCUAAAAAAGCAGUUGAUAAAAAAUAAUUUUCAUUAUCUUAAAGAGAAUAAACUAAAUCUCCUAUUAGAUGUAAAUCAUAACAUUCUACAAAAUCAAAAUUAAAUUAAAAUUUUUUUGAAUAAAAUGCUAAAAACAUAAUGGAUCAAAUGAAAAAAUAAAAAAAAGAAAAAUAAAAAGAAUCCAUAAUUAAAAAACAUAAGAUUGAUUAUAUUAAUAGAUAAGUUAAAGCAAUUUUUUCAUCAAUGAAAAAACGUAAAUGGACUCCUAAUAAAGAAUUUGAUAAUAAAGUUGGACCAUCAGUAAGUUUAAGUAGAAUUAAAUAACCUAAAGAUGAUUUAGGAGUUAAAGAAAUGUUUGAAGAAGCUGAAAAUGAAGCAGAAGAUUUAAAUGAAUAAGGAAUUAUUAAACAUUAUUAAUAAAAAGUUAAAAAUGGUAAAGUAAUGUCUUCAAGAGAAGUUAGAGAGUUUAAAGAAGAUUAAGAAAAAAAAUAAAAAAAAAUUGAAAAAUUAAAAACAGAUCUUAAAGAUAGAAAAAACAUUACUUUGAAAAAUCCUGAACCUUUAACAGAAAAAGAACUUAAAAUAAAAAGAGAGAUCGAUUAAUAAAUUGAUAUUAAAGGAGACGUAGAGAAAUAGAUAAAGAAAGCUUAAAUUAAAGAACCAAGAAAUCCUCAGAAAGUUUAAAAAACUUCUAUUUAAGAGCCAGAUUUAGGGGAAUUCAUAUUUGCAGAAGCUGAAUUACCAUAAUAUAAAGGAGAAUAUGAAGAGGAAUAAAGAAUGGGAUUUAGAGAAUAAGUUGAAUAAGAAAUAAAGGAAUAGAUUCUAAUGUAAAAAAAGAAAAGACCAGCUGUUAGAGAGGUUUAAUAAGAAAAACCCAGAUAUGAAUAAGCUCGUAAACCAUAAGAAAGGGAGAAAGGUCCAAAGUAUAGGAAGGAAUAAAAAUUUGUAAGUUAGCCUAGAUAUCCUGUAUUUCAUGAUUUAGGAGAAGUGUAAUUAUUGGAAGAUGAUAUGUACAAUGCUUAAAAUUCAAAAUGGACUCCAUAUGCUGGUAAAUUAAUUGACAAUAGCAGUGAUGAAGAAGAUGAUAAAGAUUUCUUAGAGAAAACAACAAUUUAAUUGAGAUCAAACCUUAAAAAAGGAAAAGAAAAUAUUGGGUCAUAAAAAACAUAUUCAAAAUCUGUAUAAGGAAAAAAAAGCGUUUAUUUUAGAGAACCUGAAAGUGAAAAAAAAGAUAUUGGAAAUCAAUACUUAACAGAAUAGAAGGAAUAAUUAAUGAGAAUAGUUUAAAAGUAAUUUUAAAAUUAAUUUAUAGUUAAAAAGCUAGAGGACAAAUGACAAGUGAUGAUGAUUCAGAUACUGAUUUUUGUAAAGCUUAUUCAUCAUAGAUUUGGUUGGCAACAGAUCCAAUGAAGCGUGAUGUAUUCAUUAUGUCAUCCAAAGAAUUAAUGGAUUUACCACAUAUUUAAUUAUGA